UGAGUGGCUGUAACCUGUCAGAGAGACGCUGUGAAGCUCUGUCCUCAGUUCUCAGCUCCCAGUCCUCUAGUCUGAGAGAGCUGGACCUGAGUAACAAUGGCAUGCAGGAUUUAGGAGUGAAGCAGCUGUCAGCUGGACUGAAGAGUCCACACUGCAGACUGGAAACUCUCAGACUGAGUGGCUGUAACCUGUCAGAGAGAAGCUGUGAAGCUCUGUCCUCAGUUCUCAGCUCCCAGUCCUCUAGUCUGAGAGAGCUGGACCUGAGUGACAAUGAGCUGCAGGAUUCAGGAGUGAAGCAGCUGUCAGCUGGACUGAAGAGUACAUACUGCACACUGGAAACUCUCAGUCUGUCAUUCUGUUUGGUCUCAGAGGAAGGCUCUACUUCUCUGGCCUCAGCUCUGAGCUCCAACCCCUCCUAUCUGAGAGUGCUGGACCUGAGCUACAAUCAUCCAGGAGACUCAGGAGUGAAGCUGCUGUCAGCUGGACUUAAGGAUCCAAACUGGAGACUGGACACUCUCAGGACGGACCAUGGUGGACUGCAGAGACUGAGACCUGGUGUGAGGAAAUAUGUCUGUGAACUGGAACUGGACACAAACACAGUAAACAUAAAACUCAAACUGUCUGACAACAACAGGAAGGUGAAACGUGUGGAGGAGGAUCAGUCAUAUCCUGAUUAUUCAGACAGAUUUGACUUCUGUCCUGAGCUGUUGUGUAGAGAUGAGUAUGCCAUUCCCAAGGGUGUGAUGAUGGCUGCUGCCCGGUGUCCUGUCCUGGAAAUGUCUCUGGAGAAAAAGAACAUUGUUCAUGGCGGCGAACUGAAGGAGAGCUGCACCAAGCUAGCCACAGUUAGCCACACUGGCUGGACAGGAAACAGGGAAGUUACUUUCAAAAUAAAAGAGCAACACGAAGGGUGA